ACCGGCCACUGCUCAUAUUCUCUGUAUUAAUGCAUACUUGUCCAUACCUUCUUUGGCAACUCUGUAUUUCUAAAGAUUUCAUUACAUUUUCCAAUCAUAUUUCCGCCUACUAUUAUGUACAUCGGUUCUUGAAUGUUUGGAUCUUUGUUUCCUUUAAUGGGUAUACUCUUCUUUUAUGAUAAGAUCUGGUGUUUUUCCAAAUUACAUGUGGUACGGAUGAAAAAUUAGCCCUAAAGGCUAAGAUCUGAAGGACAUAUUAUUCCUUCUUCUGUUUUUCCUUGUCUGUUUUGUUUGUGCGCAAUUGUGAUGAAGAAGGUUAGCAAUGACACGGAUCUAAAGCUUGCUUUGGGAUACUCCAAACGCCCUGGAAAGACGAAAAAGAAUGAUUCAGGUGCAGGUGUAAAUGCAAGCUCGGGGUUUCACUUAUUCACAUCCCCUGAUCCGUUAUCUGAAUUAGUUUGGUCUCCUCAAAAGGGCGUGAGCCUGAAGUGUGCUGAUACCAGCAUAGCCAAUAACAAGCCCUUUCUUGUAUGGAAUGUGGUGCCUAGCAGUAAUGACCUUUCUGCCCCUUCAGAAAUUGUAAGAUUCAGCAGUGUUUAUGAUGAAAUCGCAAGCGAUGAAGGAAAAGGUUAUAGAAUGGAAAAAUCUAAGCCUGCCGGUACAACUGGUGUUGAAGAGAAGGAUCAGAUGAUGACAGGAAAGGAGGAAGAUGGUGAAAAUCAUGCUGGUGGUGAAGAGAACCAAAAUGCAGUAUAUCGGCUUGAAAUGGUGGGUCCCACAUGUAACCCAGCAGUGACUAAGUCGGUGCCUACAAGGGGCAGUGAAGUAGCUGCAAGCAGUUGCAGCAGAAAUGAAGACAAUGCCAGUUACCCAAUAUCUUCUGAUUUACCCCUUCAGAAAACGCCCUUAAAAGAACUUCAACCUUCAAGAAGUUCUGAACCUAUUAUAACUCCAUUGCCUGAAUCAACCCUGAAACAGAUUGAACGAACGGCUGAAAAUGAUGUGCAAAACUCAACCAUAAAAGAAGGAAGUAAGCUUAAAAGAAACAAUUCUAUGCCCAUUCAAGCGUAUUCCACACAAAUAAGAACUUCUUCGUCUUGUUCACAUAAAAGGAAGGGAAAAAGUAAAGCACUUUCAGAUGGUGAUGAGGAAGAAGACACUAGCCACGAGAGUGUGGAAAGUUGCAACGGUACGAGGGUGUCUCUUGGCAGGAACAAAAGAAUGAAAAAACAAACGGAAAUAGAAUCUUCUGAUGUCACCCCAAAAGCUGGUGGAAACAGCUCUUUCAUGACUUGGAUUUCGAGCAUGGUGAAUGGCUUCUCAAAUCCAAACCAAGAAGAUGAAGAACAAGAAGAAGAAGAAGAAGAUGCAGAACAAGAGGAAGUUCCUUCUCUUGCCCUUGCUCUCACUCGUUCUACCCUCAACCAUGUGGGGAUUAAUUAUGCAACAGCCAUUGACAAAAACAUAGAGUUCCAAGCCAAGUUUCAUUCUCUUUAUAGUUCACCGGAAAAAAGAGCCUCAAAAGACGAACUUUCUGCUGGAGAAUCCAAGGAUGUUUUCUUAGAUGACAAGAUGGUUAUUGAGGUCUCUCCAUUAACAUGCCACCGGGAGGAAAAUUGUGAUGAUAAAAUCAUCAACACAACAGACAUGGAGGAAGAAGCAGGGGCUUCUUCUCCUAAAUCCCCAAUAAUGUCCCAGAAUUGUAAAUCAAAUUCCCCUGAAAACAAAAAGAAAGCAGGAGGCAGCUCUUCCGGUUCAAUGUGCAUGCUAAAAACCGGAAACAAUGGAGAGAGCAGCAGUCCCAGUCACCAUUCCGAAAACAAAGCAACAAAAAACACAUCGGAUAUAAGUUCCCUUCAAAGCUUCUGGAUUACCCGUUUCUCUGUCCGUGACCCAAACACGGCCCUAAACUUACCCGAAUGCAGAGAAAAUAAAGAGGAGACAGCUAAUUGUGCUAAGCCUGACCUUGAUGUUCUAACAUCUGAACAAGCUGUCUGUAAUAACAAAGAUACUGACUUAAAGGGGACUUUUCCAGAAGAUCCGGAUUGUGAUAUGUUACUGGACAUUCCGCGUAAUAAUACUCUAGCAGACGAUGCUUCCAUUGCAUUCAAAGAUGAUAAUAAAUCCAUACAUAAAUUAAACCCCAUUACACCUUCCCAAAAACUGAAAAGCUCAGAGGCAAUGACAUCAUUGUUUGCAAGGAGAUUGGAUGCCUUUAAACAUAUCAUACCUCCAGAUUCAAGAAAUGAAGCAACUUGCAUGACAAAAGCCAUCUGUUUGUUCUGUGGAAGAACAGGGCAUGACUUACAUAGCUGUUUGGAAGCAGAUGAGAUUGAACAGGAGGAUCUUUUGAGAAAUAAUAUGUGUUCAUAUGAAUGGGCAGCUGAAGGUUCUCAUUCUUUUUGCAUUAGAUGUUUUAAGCUUGAUCACUGGGCUGUUACAUGUCCAAUGGCAUCUUCAGGAGGAGGAGGGCAAUUUUGGGGGAAACAAGGAAAUUAUUGUUCUAAUGGCUCUAACUUUGUGGGAAAGGAGGAAGGGUGUUCCAAAGUUAUGGUGAAUCACAUAGGGGGAGGAUGGAAAGAGAAAUCUAGAUAUUUCACUGAUGCUAAUAGCCUGGUUCAUAAUCCGAAGUCAAGUGUGCCAAAUGGAGCUUUUGAUGCCAUUAGGAGGUUACGUGUGUCCCGUGGAGAUAUCCUCAAAUGGCUAAACUCCAAUGCCUCAUUGUCCCACUUGGAUGGUUUUUUCUUGCGUCUAAGAUUGGGAAGGUGGGAACAAGGCGGGUUAGGAGGAACAGGCUACUACAUAGCUCGUAUAGCUGAGUCCCAAAAAGACCAUUCAACAAAAGAUUCAAAGUGCAUCUCAGUAAGUUUUUGUGGCAUUGUUUGCUCCAUCGGAAGCCAGUACGUCUCAAACCACGAUUUUCUCGAGGAUGAACUUAUGACCUGGUGGUGCAAGACUUCA